AUGAGUGAUUUCAGAAUCGCUACACAUUCUUCAUACCGGAGCCGGGACGAACGACUGGGUUUCGUUUACCUUCCUAUAUCUAUCUAUCUAUCUAUCUAUCUAUCUAUCUAUCUAUCUAUCUCAUUCUGUUCAUAUCUAUCUAUCUAUCUCAUUGUGUUCAUAUCUAUCUAUCUAUCUAUCUAUCUCAUUGUGUUCAUAUCUAUCUAUCUAUCUAUCUAUCUCAUUCUAUUCAUAUCUAUCUCUGUCUAUCUAUCUAUCUAUCUAUCUAUGUCCAUCUAUCUAUCUGUUCAUCUAUCUAUCUAUCUAUCUCAUUCUGUCCAUAUCUAUCUAUCUAUCUAUCUCAUUCUGUCCAUAUCUAUCUAUCUAUCUAUCUCAUUCUGUCCAUAUCUAUCUAUCUAUCUAUCUAUCUAUCUAUCUAUCUAUCUAUCUAUCUAUCUCAUUCUGUCCAUAUCUAUCUAUCUAUCUAUCUCAUUCUGUCCAUAUCUAUCUAUCUAUCUAUCUCAUUCUGUUCAUAUCUAUCUAUCUAUCUAUCUCAUUCUGUUCAUAUCUAUCUAUCUAUCUAUCUAUCUAUCUAUCUAUCUAUCUAUCUAUCUAUCUAUCUAUCUAUCUCAUUCUGUUCAUAUCUAUCUAUCUAUCUAUCUAUCUCAUUCUGUUCAUAUCUAUCUAUCUAUCUAUCUCAUUCUAUUCAUAUCUAUCUAUCUAUCUAUCUAUCUUAUACAAACAUUUUUCUGUUCUUGCUUUCCGUCUUCUUUCCCCUUUAAUUUUAUUUACUGUUUUUUUUAUCUCUUUCUUUUUACUUUUUGCUUUUCCAUUUUUGUUUUUCAUUUCCUCUUCUUCGUUAUUCUCCAUUCUGCAUUUUUUUCUUUUAUGCUCUUCAUUGAAAUUGUUUAA